AAGGAAGCCACUCCCCGUUUUCUUUUAUUUUUCUAUCUUUCACUGCUUAAUGUCUUUUAUUUGCCACAAUACUGCAUUCUGUUUCUGGGGGGCGGUGUAUGAAAAAGGAAAACCAAAAAGCAUAAGCUUUUCCUGAGUAGAUCUACUAACAAGUUUUCUAUACAUCCUGGUGGCCUUGGCUAAGCCUUUGUUUUUGUUUCUCUUUGAAGAAGCAAAGGGCUUUUUUUUCUUCUCUUUCUUUCUUUUUUUCUUUCUUCUUCAGUAAAAGGAAUCAUUGAAGAUGCCUAGACUAGGUCCAAGACCGUAUAUCUGUGAAAGAAGAGCUUGGCACAGUGAUAGACACCAACCCAUGAGAGGUUCUCUCAUUCAAGAAAUUUUCAGAGUUGUUAAUGAGAUUCAUAGCUCAGCAACUAAGAAGAACAAGGAAUGGCAAGAGAAACUCCCUGUUGUUGUCUUAAAAGCAGAAGAAAUUAUGUAUUCUAAAGCCAAUUCCGAGGCUGAGUACAUGGAAAUUAAAACCCUCUGGGAUCGAACCAAUGAUGCCAUUAACACGAUCAUUAGGCUUGAUGAGAGUACUGAAACUGGAGAGUUUAUUCAACCUUGUAUUGAAGCUGCUCUUAAUUUAGGCUGCGCUGCAAGAAGAACUUUGAGGAGUCAACGCAAUUGCAGUCCGAGGUAUUACCUUAACCCGGGCACACAAGAAGCAGGGAACACUACUCAAGGAAAUCUCUUAACUAAUUCACACUGCAUGUCCGGUUAUUCUGGAUUCAUAAAACAUACAACCAUGAAUGUGGCACAUAUGGGCACUGAUGCUCAGAAACACGUUGCUCAGAUCGUUGACCGUGUCACCAACAAGUUCUCUUUUCCAUCUAAGAAUGGUUUUCUUCCUAGUAAUGCGGAGAAGCAUGCUCUAACUAUGUAUUCGGUUUAUCCUCUUUUCUAUGGGAACCACCCUAAAGUUGAAGAACUGCAGCAUAGCUAUGGAAUCUCCCCGAAGUCAAUUACCAACAUAGUAGAAUCCGAUAAGAUGGGUGUCAUUUGUGACAUCUUCUCUCCUGAUGUGGACUCUUCGAGUAAGAUAAACCAGACAGAUGUUAGAAAUAUUUCUAACAAUCCACAUGAAAUUACCUGUGAUCUAUCGUUGCGUUUGGGCCCCUUUCAACACCUUGCCUGAGUGCUGGAAACAGUCAACCCAAGGAAAUUGAAAAUAGUGGUUCCACCUUUCUAGAGUGGAACAGAUUCAGUCAUCUUACACCACCAAUUGAUAAAAGUUUAUCUUCCUUUCGAAGGAGCAACCGAGAUGCCCCCUUCAAUUCAUUUUCAAACAAAUUGAGCCUUGAAGGUGGACAUAUGAAUGUAGAUGCAACAUUGAGCAAACGAAAGGCAGUUUAUGCUCCACCAGUCGAUCAACGAUUCUGUUUGCCUUAAAAGCUUCCUCGCUGCGAUUUAACUGGAAGAAUAUAGUGUGUAGGAUCCUAGAUCGUCCUUUAAGACCAUUAACUGUCUUGGUGAGUAUGUGCUGCUGAAGCUCUUUUCCUUGUUUUGCCUUUUUUUGUAGUUAAAGUUAUGUGUGGAUGAGCAGUGUGUUAAAAUGUUGCAAGAAUGUUAGGGUUGCAAUAUGUGAAUGAGUUUAGUUGGAAUCACCAACAAAAUGACUGAAGAGACUCUUGACCUGUGACGUACAAAGUAUGUUGUCUUACAUUUUUCUGCUUGUAGAAACAUAACUCUUAUCAUGUUCACUUUUGAUACACCAUUCCAUCUGUCUGGACCAAAAUAUAUUUGGUAAAAACUCACCCUUUAAAAACAGUUAACUGGAAAAGCAUGAGAAUGUAAACUUAGCCGUAUGCUUUUCGUGUGGUUGUGACACACCGACUUUAUAUUAUCAUGUAUGAUUUGUUAGAUUUAAGAUGAAGGGAAAAUGUAAAUAAAUGUGAAUCUGAAGAGAAAAAUGUUGGUUUGUAGGACUAAGGGGACAAGGGUGUCUGCAAAGAUCUAACCGGUAUUAUUUCGGGGUCAAUAUUCUUGAUGCCUGAUGUGUGGACCCUUUAUGGUCGGUGUAAUUAGGAAGGGUAGAAAUCAUUGAUGGAUGACUGGUGAGUGUGCUUUGUUUUUCGUUUCUUUUCUUUUGAGUUUUGGAUGUAGUAGUGGGUUUGUGGCUACUUUUUUUUUAAUGAGGUAUGCUUUUUUUUUUGUAUUGGCUGCUGCCAGUGGUGGGGUCAGACUCUAAAUCUUUUUUGUUUUCCUUUGGUUUCAUCAACCUUGAAUGUGGUGGAGAAUAUGAACCUUUCUGGUGAUGUUAUUUUGUCUUAAAAAAAAGUUUAGGGUAUCUAGUUUCUU